UGAAGUUGCAAACUGUAUACAGCUUUCCAUCGGAAGCAAACUUGUUCUGAAAAAUCUGCACACCUUAAAAGGAGUACAGGAACAACAAAAAGGCAAGAAAGCAAAAGUAGAGAGGUAGGAAACCCCACGACAGGCAACGAAACACAAAUGAUCAUCAUGUACAGAGGAGUGGUGAGAAGAAGCUCUCUUUUGCUCCCAGGUGUAGGAAUUUGCCACCACAAGAAUGCAACCCAUCACAAAGGACCAUGUGUCCUCCAUACCUAAUUUUAGUUCCUGGUAUUGAUCUGCUGAAGCACCACUAUAAAUGAUGCAUCGAAUCCAACAUGACAAGGCCCAUGGCAAACCAGCAACCAACAAGUUUGAUCCAGCUCUCUUGCAACGAAUGCUCCUCGGAAUGCCAAAGCACAUCGUCUCUCCAUUUCUCCUGAAGCUGCUACUUCCAUCUUCUUUUGCUUCUCGGAGCGCAGCCAGUCCUCCUUCCAUCAAGAUGAAGAACGGGGCUGCCACUCUCCUUAAGCACAUAGCCACCGUGCUCGCAGCGACCGUGAAAAGCAAGUCCAUGGCGCUUAAGAACAAAGCUAUCGCCACGAGAACCAGACUCACCGUCUUCAGGCUGCUUCGGAGCAAGAAGGUGCUGCUGAGUGCAGUGUCGAACAACAUCCAGUCGCUGCUGGGCCAGCAGAUCGGUGGAGGUACCGGUGGCCGUGCGAUUGCGCUGUUUGAUGCAGCAAACGCAGAGGUGUUCUCGAGUCCUCAUCGCACUGAAUCGGUGGAGUCUGCCGAAGACGAUAAUUAUGAUGACUUGAUGCACUCUUUCUUCGAUGAUCAUGAUGAGGAGGAGGAUGAAGAUGAUGACUCCAAAGGGAAUGGCUCAGAGAUCAGCCUCGAGGAUGAUGUUGACCACGCUGCUGAUGUGUUCAUCAGGAGGUUCCAUCGGCAGAUGAGGUUGGAGAAGAAGGAGUCACUCAAGAUGUAUCGAGAGAUGCCGGAGUUUAGCUUUUAGGACGUGAGAGACUGGAAUGCAAAGAGCUCUGAGGACCUCAGAAAAAGAUCGAGCUCGACUAGAUCUGGAAAAGGACGUAGAAAUAGUUGCCUAUCUAUUUUGACCGAGAAAAAUUACAGUGUGUAAUUUGGCCUUAGUAUAUUUUGCACAGAGAUUAAAGAUGUAUAUACUCUUUUAAGUUCUGGCA